GCAUGCUUAUCCUCUCUCUUACCGACAAGUCACGGAACCUUGGAUCCCCGUCUUUCCAAGCCAUCUACAGGAGACAGCAUCCACGGAACAAAUCGAUCUUAGCAAUCUCCAACUCCAACAUUCUCGUCCCAUGGCUGCUUUCCCAGUCGGCCAUUCUCUUCACACCACUCACAAUAAUCCUCUCCGCCUGAGCAAGCCCACACCAAGAGCCAAAUUCUCCCUAUGUUGUCGAAGCCACCUCUCCUCCGGGCCUACAGGAAACAGUGAAGAGAAGAUAGAGACGAAAGGUGGUAAGAACAUGGAGCAGAAGAGAUGGUGGAGAUUGUUGUUUGAGCUCUGCGGUGAUGCUGGGAAGGUGGGGAGGGAGUUGAAGAAGAGCCUGAGCCCAAAGCAGAAAGGGGAUUGGAAGGACGUGGUCCUGAUGAGCUUCUCCUUUGCUGUUUAUGUCUACAUCUCUCAGAAGAUUGUCUGUGCUUAUUGUGCAUGGGUGACCAUGAACAACCGCUUCUAAAUUGUUAACACUCCCAGUUCUGUAUAUGUACAUAUGAAUCUUAGCUCUGUUUUUGUUUGUUUUCACCUAAUUAGGUAUUUAGCGUGAUUGGAGUCCGAAAUAAGAGCUACGGAAGAGCAGCAUAUAUUUGCUAGUGGGAAUACACGUGAAGAGUAAACUUGUAGAA